GCCUGUCCGCCUCCUUCAACUGCGUCUUCCUCUACACCACCGAGCUCUACCCCACCCCCAUCAGGCAGACGGGGCUGGGCUUCGGCAGCACCAUGGCGCGCGUGGGCGGCAUCGUGGCGCCGCUGGUGAAGAUGAUGGACGAGUACUACCCCUUCCUGCCCCCCGCCGUCUAUGGGGUGGCCCCGGUGGUGGCGGCCGUGGCGGCCGCGUUCCUGCCCGAGACCCUCAACACGCCGCUGCCCGACACCAUCGAGGAGGUGGAGAACAGGACAAAGCAGAAGCCAGCAGGUGACCCCAAGGAGAAGAUCGCGCUCCAGCCCCAGGACGGGCCCCCGCUGAAGGAGGCCUGAGGGACCCUGGGGGUGGGCGCAGCCCCCCAGCCCCGGCCAGGCCAGCACCACCCCAGGUGGGGGUGGUGGGAGACCUCGGUGGUGACCGGUGACCUCCCGUUGUUGCGGGGACACCCGGGCAGGAAUAAAACAGCUCUGGUGGGGA